GCUGCGACAUGGAGAAAUCGGCGAGAAAAUACAAUAAGAAACUAACAAUCAGGUCUCGGAAUCAUUUAAACAUGGCGAUGCACUUCUAAUUUAAUACUACUUUUUCUCUCUGUUCGUCUUGUAGAAUUCUGUCUCUGUGUGGAGUUCGAGAAUCCGAAGUUUCUACAGUUGCGGAGGUUUGGUAUUCGAACCUUUGAUUUGUUGCGGUAAAGUUGAUUCCAUUAUUGUUAUCGUUCUUUUGUGGUUUUACUUUCGCUUACUUUUUCUUUAUUGACGUCUGUCGAUAUUUGUGCUAAUGUUUUUCCUUUCUUUGCUUUGGCCUGUUGCUGCUUCCUUGCACGAUAAGAAAUCCUCCAUUCCAGAAGCUUUCUAGUUUUGUGCCCUAUGCCCUACCUUUUUUUGCAUCUAAGUUGCUUGUGAUAAACCGAACUCGCUUUCAAUUUCAUCAGUUUGAUCGGUUUGUUUUUCUUCCAUGGUUCUUUCUGUCAGUAAUUGAUAUGGAAUCGUUGAAAUUUCUAGCUGUUCGGGGACUUUUUCUUGUUCUGCUGCUCUCUUCUGCGGCGGUGAGUUCAGUAAUUGGAAUCGGAGUGAACUGGGGAACUCAAUCUACUCAUCCGUUGCCGCCGGCUACGGUGGUGAAGUUGCUGAAGGAUAAUGGCAUUCAGAAGGUUAAGCUUUUUGACGCCGAUCCUGUAGUUCUAAACGCUUUAGCCAAGUCAGGGAUUGAAGUGAUGGUAGGAAUUCCAAACGAUAUGCUCUAUAGCUUGGCGAAUAGCAUCCAAGACGCUGAAAAUUGGGUUGCCAAAAACUUGUCGUCUUAUAUUUCGUCCACAAGUGUCGAUAUAAGGUAUGUUGCAGUUGGGAAUGAACCGUUCUUGAAGACCUUCAAUGGAAGCUUUCUUGGAACUACUUUUCCUGCUCUUCAAAAUAUUCAAGCUGCCAUUGUCAAGGCUGGUUUAAGCACUAGGGUUAAAGUGACGGUGCCUAUGAAUGCUGAUGUUUAUCAGAGUCUAACAACUGUACCUUCUGGUGGUGACUUUCGUUCUGAUAUCCAUGACCUUAUGCUUUCCAUUGUCAAAUUCUUGAGUGACAGUGAAUCCCCUUUUACUGUCAAUAUCUACCCCUUCAUUAGCCUUUAUGCAGAUCCCAAUUUCCCUAUUGACUACGCCUUCUUCGAUGGCUUCUCCCAAGCUUUGGACGAUAACGGUCGAGUCUACGACAAUGUGUUUACUGCAAACUACGACACCCUUGUUUCAUCUUUGCAGAAAAAUGGCUUCCCUAACAUGUCCAUAAUAGUUGGGGAGAUUGGAUGGCCAACAGAUGGAGACAGGAAUGCAAAUUUGCAGUUUGCCAAGAGGUUCAGCCAAGGCUUUCUCUCGCGCUUUGUUUCGGGACAGGGAACGCCAAUGAGACCUGGUCCUAUUGAUGCAUACUUGUUUAGUCUUAUUGACGAAGACGCCAAGAGCAUUCAGCCAGGCAAUUUCGAACGUCAUUGGGGUCUAUUUUACUACGACGGUCGGCCUAAAUACAUGCUUCAAAUGGCAAACGGCACACGUAGUUUAGUACCCGCAUCAAAUGUCAAGUAUCAAGCAAAACAAUGGUGUGUCCUGUCCCCAUCAGCCAGCCUCGACGAUCCACAAAUUGCCCCAAGCGUUAGCUACGCUUGCGAAAACAGCGAUUGCACGAGCCUUGGCUUCCAGACAUCAUGUGGGGCGCUAGACGCUCGGCAAAACAUCUCUUAUGCAUUCAACAGCUACUACCAGAUAAAGAAUCAGGUGGCAAGCUCCUGUAAGUUUCCUCAUCUCUCUGUUAUUUCAACUCAAGAUCCAUCAGUUGGAAGUUGCAGGUUCAUUGUGAUGACACAGCCUUCUGAAGUUGCUGUGAAUGAAAAAUCAAAGGCUCUGAGGUAUUCUGCUGGAUCAUUGCUGUUGUUUCUCUGUUUUUUUAUUCUAGCAGUUCUGUGAUCAAAAACUACAGAGAUUCCUCCAUCUCUUUGAUUUAUAUAUGUUUAUGCAGUCAAAAUCUGUAAGUUUAUAUUUUGAGUUGUAAUAUUACAUUGAAAAAAUCGAUCAAUCUCCAAAAUAUGGCUUUUAAAAGUAUAUUAGUUGAACAAAA